UAUUGGAAUCAGUUUAUCUGUUUGGUGCCGACUAUUAAUUGCAAAUCGGUUAAUCGUGCAGACGGAAAUGAUCUUUGAAUCAAAACAUGAAGCGAGAAUUUGCGUUUCUCAUCAUGCUCGUCGUUCUUACAAUAAUCUCAGCCGAAGAUUUUGUGGAAAGAUUGGCGGACUCAUUAUCGAUGACUAGAGAAGAUAUACAGAAAUGCAUCGAAAAAAGAGGUACAACGCAAGAGGACAUAAUGCACUUUGACCAAAUAGUGAUGGACAAUUUGCAAACUAUAGAUUUUGACGAGAAGGCUUUAAGACUUGGCUGUUUCCUUACCUGCUUAGGCCAAAAAAAAGAAAUAAUGUCUGGUGCAUAUAUAAAUAUAGAAAAUAUAAAAAAGAUAUUGCGCUCCAAGGUUAAAGAGCCUAAACCUGACAUGAUUGCUGAAUUUUAUCAAGUAUUGGACAUGUGCAACGAUCAAGUUAGAAGCAAGACUAACGAAUGUGAAAUAAGUCUCAAAUUUCUAGUUUGCAUAAUAAGAGAAACGCGACGUUUAGAAGAGAAUAGUAUCCAAUAUCGUUACGAGAACACCACUAAUAAUGAAGUAAUAGAAUAAAACUUGAUAUUAUUGUAUUUUAUAUAAAACAAUACAUGUAAUAACAAGAGAAAGAGUAGGAGUUGGACAAAUCAACGGUUGUU